GUUUUUGGGCAGCCUUGCUGUUUUUAAAAAGUAUCCGCGAUUGAAGCCGAAAAGAUCGCAGCUAGCUAGAUAGAGAACAACACACUCACCACCACCACUCCGCCCAGCCACACCCACAACUCACCCUUGAACCCUUGGACGUGGGAACUUUCCAUUGAACCAUUCCUACCGCUAUUUCGUUCUUCUCCCUUGGCUCUGAUGCGUUCGAGUCAACUGAGAGAGAGAGAGAGCAAUUCCACCUGGAACGAGUAUAAUAAGUACGACGUAACAAAGCCUAGCUGAGCUAGGAGAAUCCAAUCCAUCUUGGACAGAAGUUUGUUAGGGUGACUCCGACACCUUGAAAGCAGGGAAUGGGUUAUAACAAAAUCAACGCAGCAUUCCCAGCAGAUAUGAAACAAGAAAUCAACCCCACUGGGAGCGGAAUCCUGCGGGCUUGGCUACAGACAAAAACGGAUUCGAUGAUUCGAUUCACUCUCAUCAAAGCGUUGAGUCUGCCUUUUGAUGACGGGAAUGAAUGACGAGUAGAGCUAAAGGCUUCGUUGGAUCCUAACAUGGUGCAUGUACACUUGGACGUCAUAAAUUCCACUUUGGCUCGGGCUUGAAGGGGAUCUCACUCACUCGAAGCUGGAAGUACGUCAAUUUCUGACGGAGCCAUGAAACCUUUCGAAACAAUCCCGCCCGAUGAGCUGCCCAACGGUGGCCAUAGUGGCCAGGAAGAUUAUGCUGCUGGUGCGGACACAAUGGACAUCAACAGAGAUUCCAGUUCCUUGGAAGAAUCAGGUUCCGAGUCUGUCAAUCCUUCAAGUCUUGAUAUUCUGAGCAGCAAAGAUUCGGUGGAUGAAUCCAAUGGUGUGAAGUUGGACUCAGCGCUUGCUGCUGGUGUCCCCGGGGAUUGUGCUAUUGGCAUGACUAGCCGCAACAAUGCGAUCCAGCAAGAGUCGGGAUCGGAAUCAACCAAGCCGAGUUCAAGUGAUGGUGUACAUUGCGAACUUGAAAUGGACCCGACACUUCUAGCUUCACAGCGGCAACUAUUUGCAUCUCAGGUCGAUUCCUCAGCUACGUCUGAUUUAAGCUUGACUCUUGAAAAAGCUCGAGGCUUUCAGCGCAAACUGCAGGGGAUGUUUUCUCAAGUUGCCGUUUGUAGGCAACCAGGAAUGUGCAGUGAUACUUUGAGUGCCUGGUGCUGUGCGAAUGGAGUGACAAUGGCCGUUUCUUCAACUCUGAGAGAUCAGGGAGCAGAGUCCUUCAGCGAUCUGCUAAGCCUAUCUCAGUCCGAAAAAGACCAAUUGAUUGAUGAAAUGGAUCUCAAGGUUUUUGCGCGGAAGAAGGUCGCCCGUGCAUUGAGUUCAGAUAUGCUUGGUUUGUACAACCGUUGCAUCUUGCAGGGCAAGAGCGCCGAAGAAUUCAAUGAACUAUCAAAGCAGUCCAGACAGUCUGGGACCCAAUUGAUGUCGACUCAAGAACGGGAAACAAAAGUUGGCAACGAGGAUGCUCCAACGUCAUCUCAUGGGUUGAAUCGACCAAUGUUCCCGCCAGGGCUUCACGUUGUUCCACACAAGAUCAUCACCUUGGACCGUGAAAAGACCAUUAGAGAUAACCCUCGUCUCACUGCUGAAGAUUUCAUUUCCCUUACAAAAGAUCGUCUGAACAUUCCGCCUGGAGGGGAGUUGAAGGUUGCUUUGUUUGUCGGAUCCUCUGGCUGUGGCAAGAGCACAACAAUCAACAGUUAUGUCAAUUACCUGUAUGGGGUGCGAUUUGAAGACCCCUUCCGCCUGAAUCUUGUCGAUGAACCUCCCACCGUCGACCGUCAGACAAUGAGCGCAUCUCAAACACACCAAGUUUUGGGCUAUCUUCUCAAAGCUCCACCUGCACUUGGUGGCAAGCAUUGGAUCCUUAUCAUUGACACCCCCGGGUUUGGCGACACUCGAGGGCUGGCCUAUGACAUGAAUACUGUUGAUCAAAUCCGUCAAUUCUUCAUGGCUGAGAUCAAUUAUCUGCAUGCAGUCUGCUUGGUUGUCAAGGGAACAGAAACCAAGCUUGACUCGAAAAACAGAUGGAUCUUUGACCAAGUUCUGAGCCUCUUUGGCAAAGAUAUCAGAGAAAUUAUCACGUUGCUCAUGACAUUCUCCGACGCCGCUGAGCCUCCUGCCAUGACUGUCAUCAACGAUGCUAGGAUCGAAUAUAACGAGCGAUUCAAACUGAACAACUCUGCGUUCUUCUUGAAGGGGAAUGGUCGCACUGACUGGGACUACGACAUCAACCACAUGUUCUGGAAAGCCGGCAACCGUGCUUUUGAAGCAUUUUCUAACUUCGUCCUUGCCCAGAAAGAGAAAAGCCUUGCGGCGACAAAGGACGUUUUGGAUAGGCGAGAGGAAUUGAAGGCUGGAGUCGAAAGUGUGCGCCGGAAUAUUGACCUUGGAAUGGUAACACUGGAGAAGUUGGACGAAGCCAUCCCACAAAUAGUCAAACUCCAGUCCUUGAUCGACGCAAAUAAGGAGUUUGAGAUUGAAGUGACAGAGAUGGAAUUACAGACAAUGCCAAAGAAGAGCAACUACAACACUGUGUGCGAAAACUGCAGCUGGACUUGCCAUAUCAACUGUGCCAUCAAAAACGAUGACCGUAAAAUGGGAUGCGCCGCCAUGGACAGGUCUUCGGGUCACUGUAAGUGCUGCCCGAACAAGUGCCACUGGAGUGAUCAUCGCAACCUUGACUACUACUACGAGAGAGUACCAGUGAAGAAGAAGCAGACCAAUCAAGAACUCUAUGGCCGAUAUGUGAGUGCAAGCUCCGACAAGAGCAAAUCUGAACAGCUCCUUGAAGGGUUGCGUACAGAGUUUACAAGUACUCAGGUGGAGGUUUAUGAUUCUGUUCACUUGAUCCAGAGCAUGAUCAAUGAGUUGCAGCGGAUUGCCCUUCGUCCAAGUCUCUAUCAUGAGGACGAGUACUUUGAUAUUAUGAUCGACCUAGAACGGAAAGAGAAGCAGUGUGGUUGGAAGCAGCGAGUCAAAAUGAUCGAAGAAGUCAAGCAGCGUUCCAAGUUUUGUAGUCAGGUGGAAUCUGAUGGCUAUGAUCCUUUUGCAGAAAAGGUUGCUCGACUUGAACAGCAGGCUCGACAGGGACAAGUGAAUGUUAGCUUUCAAACUACAAGACCACAGAACCGGAAUCGAAAGUCGGAGCCCAUAGCCAAGAAGAGUGGGUUCUUCAUGUCCUGGUUUGCCUGAGUGGCUGUCGUGGUUGUCUUCUCCAUCUAGGUUUGCAUGAGUGGCUAUCAUGGUUUGUAGAAACCCAUAGCAAAGAAGAAGAAUGGAUUCUUCUGUUGGAAUUGAAGAAUUGAUCCUAUGUUGGUACCCGUAUUGCUUGCAUUGGAAUGGACCCCUGUCGUGGUGGGCUCUCGUGGUGGGCUUUUCCGUUUAUCCUCUCGAAGCGCUGCGUUCCUGCGGUCAACACCUAUUGUCGGGACCACAUGACAACGCAAUCUAUGGCAAAAGAAAGGUAGUUGCCAUUUCCAUUGAGUACUAACGCUAGCUACAGGCUAUCUCUAGAAAAUGUUCGUGCUACCAAAGUCCCUCUUACUCACUCAGCGGCAAUCGCAAUCCCACUGCUGCAACUUGAAGAUGAGGAUCCUUCCCUGCACCGAAACACUGGCCAGGGACUGCCUUUUCUUUCACGCAAAUAAAGGAUGGGGAUGAGGAAUGAUGUAACCAGAACACGCGAUGAUGGAAAACACGGACCCUUAGCCUCGUGAAGAGGAUCCAUGCAGUACUGGCACCAGUGGCUUUGCUCAUCCAAGAAGUCGGCAGCUUGGCAACCCCCCCAGGCCCCGCACAGACGUUGGGAAAAGCACCCCUAAAAGGAACCGCAUCGCGAAACCAGUUAGUAUUUCUUCAUCAUUGUUGUGGCCGCACAAGAGAUCAAGCAUUCCUUCGCCGUCAGGCUAAUCGACCACGACGUUCAACACUAGUAGUUAACUUCCGCUAAAAGACGUAUUUAAAGCCAGUAGCAGUGGCAUCCC